AUGGACUACUCACACUACUCGGCCUCGACGCUGGCCGUCCAUGGCGAUGACCCCCUCAAUGACUCUACAGAUGUCGCGCCUGCCAUGCACGUCUCGACAACCUACCGCUAUCCUGAGGAUCCCGACAAGCUGGUCCCGUUCAGUAUGGAUGAUGUGAUGGCCGGUCGCGACCCACUGAAGCCAGGAAGUGGCUCUGACCCUCUGAUUUACAGCCGCGAAGCCGCCCCCAACACCUCCCGUCUCGAAACCAUCCUCUCGCAUCUCCUCAAAGGUCCCACCUUGACCUACAGCUCUGGUCUCGCUGCCUAUCAUGCCCUUCUCGUCGCUCUGAAUCCCAAAGUCGUUGCAAUUGGAGAUGGCUACCACGGCUGCCACGGCGUGCUCAAGAUCUUCCAGAAGCUCACAGGAUGCAAAAUUGUAGAUGUUCACGACCCGGAUGCUUGGGAGGAGUUGGGAGAAGGCGAUGUGGUACACUUGGAGACACCGCUGAACCCUACAGGUGAGGCUUACGAUAUUGAAAAGUACGCAAAAUGGGCGCAUGGCAGAGGUGCUGUUUUGACUCUGGAUGCUACCUUCGCACCACCACCACUUCUCUACCCAUUCGACUUUGGUGCGGACUUUGUCUUCCACAGCGGAACUAAAUACUUUGGUGGCCAUAGCGACAUGCUUUGCGGUAUUGUGGCUGUCAACCCUGCUCGCCCAAAUGCGACAAAAGAGUUCUGGGGUAUGUGGGAAGAGCGGGUAUUCUUGGGUGCUGUCAUGGGAAGCCUGGAGGGGUGGCUAGGUGUACGCAGCAUUCGCACCCUGGAGCUGCGUGUUCAACGUCAAUCCGAAAGCACAACUACCCUGGUGCAAUGGCUUGCUGCUCUGCAGGCCGGUCAAGGCGAUAGGGAUGAAGUUGCGAUCGUCCAGAAAGCCAUUUCACGUGUUCAGCACGCAAGCUUGCAGAAGGACGACAUGCCUUGGUUGGCCAAGCAGAUGCCGAAUGGCUAUGGCCCUGUCUUUUCACUGUGGAUGGCAAGCGAGAAGUUUGCUAGGUGUCUACCUAGUAAGCUCGAUCUCUUCCAUCAUGCUACCAGUCUUGGCGGUGUAGAGAGCCUGAUUGAGUGGCGCCGUAUGAGUGAUUCAAAGAUUGACCCUAGGGUCUUGAGAGUCAGUAUUGGUGUUGAGAAUGUAGAGGACUUGAAGAGAGACUUCCUGACAGCUUUCAAGGCUGUAUUGAGUGAAGCUUGA